GCAGUUUAUCGAACACACAUGAUCACACAACCAUCUGCAGCAACAUUAAGACUGAAAUAGUGGCGUUGCUAGUGAGCGGGCAGUUUUGGCAAAGCAAAAACCUACACAGCAGGUUUUAGAUGAUUUGUUGAAGAAAAGUAUGAGUAAAGGUGGAAAUGAUCACACAGCGGAAGCUGCAAUACUAGCAUAUUUGAAUCGGGAGAAUCGGCCUUACAGUGCUAUAGACAUCUUCAAUAAUCUCCACAAAGAAUAUGGUAAAACUGCAGUGGUGCGUGCAUUAGAGAGCAUGGCUGAGAAGGGAUCCAUCAAGGAAAAGGUGUAUGGAAAGCAAAAAGUGUACCUGCCUGAUCAGUCCGGAUUUCCAGUGGUAGAUGAUGCAGAGCUUAAGAAAAUGGAUAUGCAAAUAAACCAAAUGACAGAGAAGCUGAAGGGGAGCCAAGGCUCUUUGCACACCAUGGAGAAUGAGAUAAAAACUCUAAAGAGCUCACUGACCACAGAACAAGCAAUGGACCGCUUACAGGCAAUUGAGGAUGAAUGUGAGCGCUAUCAGCAUAGGCUAAAGAAGAUUAAGGGUGUGAGCAAUGCAGUGUCACCUGAAGAAAAGGACAAGAUCUACAAGGCAAAAGCACAUUAUAUGAAAGAAUGGAGGAAACGGAAGCGAAUGACAAUGGACGUGCUUAAUGCAAUUCUUGAUGGUUAUCCAAAGAGCAAGAAAGAGCUCCUGGAGGAAAUUGGACUUGAAACAGAUGAAGAUUGUGGUGUGUGCAUGCCCAAGACUUAAUAACCUUUAUGUGUUGAACACCACCGAGAAACUACAUUUUUAUGGAGUUGAAAAUAAUUUAUUGUGUGCUAAGUGCUAAUAUCUCAAUUAACAUUUUACGGGUAUCCAUGCCUGUAUUUGUGUAAAUAUUAACACAUUCCAACCUUUCAGUUUUUAUAUGGAUGUAUAUCAUUAAGAUGUCUUCUGGCCAAUGUUAUCUAUAGCUUCGAUUGCUCGACUCUAGUAAGGUGCAUGCUGAAACAUGUAACUAAUGAAGCUUUAUAGAUGAGUAUAAUGUGAAGCCAAUUUCAGUUUAAAUUUGAAACCAGAUUUCUGGCUCGUUGUGUAUGUAUGCACAUGGUAUUGAUUUUUGACUCGUUGAUAAGUCAGUUUAAAAGUAGAUAAAGACAAUUUCUACUUAUUUGAGGCACAUGUAUUAUAGUUGUGAUUAGCCCUAAUAGUGAAAAAAAUACAAAGCAUUGCAUAAGUGUACCACACAAUAAGUGAGAAUCAGUUAAACAGUUAACAGGUUUCAAGUUACUAUAAAAAUGUGUGAAUGUUUUAUUUACUAUGUUUUUAACAUGUGUUCAUGACACUGCUAGCAAUACCAACAUGCCAUCAGUGUUUCACAUUUCGUUCCUACAUAUCCUAUUAAUUGACAAUUACACUCAUCAUAGUUGCAUGCAUUUCUAUAACUAUUGCUAUAUUUAUACAAGUAAACAUGGGUAUUAAAAUAGUAAAAUGAGUCAUAUUGGGUAUACAUUUUCUCUUAUGCAAUAAUAGUACCUAAUUGAUUAAGAAUUUGAAAAGGUAAUGUAGUAGUAAACUAAAUCAAAAAGCAAGCAGUAAGCAAGAAAACACGUUAAAAGACGUUAUGGCAACAAUAGUCAGCAACAGGCCAAUAUUUAUAAAAAGUUGCAUCUAUAUAUAUAUACAGUUUUACCAUUAAAUUUGCAAUUAUUUUUGCCAAAAUGUUACCUAGGCGAUUUGUAACUUCUGUAGGCCUAAUGAGUGAUAUACAGGCUUCCAGACUUUAGGCUGUGAAGUCUUUCCGUGUUCCUACAACGGAGAAAUAAUUAUUGCAAAUAAAGAGCACAAGACAGCUUGGAAACACUGGUAAUUCUGAUAAAUUAUUAAUUAUAGAUAACAAUCUUGAUCAGCAUGUA